CAUCGUAUUAUAGCGGCGGUAUACACAUAGCUCCGCUCCGCGUAUAUAAGUACUCGGCGCGCACACAGUAGCUCCGCGGCGUUAAAAUAUAUUACGGCGUGUAACGCGUAAGCAGAGUAGUGUAUUAGCACAGUGUGCAGAUCCCGCCGACGUGUGCAGCAGCAGCAGCAGCAACGCACGAGUCGACGAGUCGACCUCUGACCCUUGUUCCGUCAAUGUGUGCAGUGUAGUGGUAGUGUAGCGGUGUACAUAUAUAAAACCGUUUGUGAACGCGUCAACAACGUCCGUCCGUCCGUUCGGCUCGAGCCAUCGGAAUAUAUAUGAAGAGAUCGCGAGGCGUCGUGAGCUUUAGAAUUUAGUCGGUAUCGGGGUCGCUCGCAGGUCGUAUCUAGUCGUCGUAGUCGUCGUCGUUAUAAACGUGUGCCAUAAAGUGAGCCAAUACAAGCAACAACGAGCCCUCCCCAGGCUGAUAUACAUAUACUGCGCAGAGGACAGAGAAAAAUUGGCAGUGCCACCGAGCACUGGUUAUGAUACGCCGGCUAAUUGACAAUAUAUUCGGUGCUCAUCGUCAAUUAGGACCAACUACGUACUCCGGACCGGAUUCCCUGUCGUCGGUUUGCGAGGGAGACGAAGGAAACCCUGACGGAACCGAAACAUCCCCGGAGUCGGAACAACUGCAACUGCAAGAACUGCAGCAGUCGAAACAGGAACAACAGGAACAACAAGUAGGACAGGAAGAGCAAAAAGAGGAACAGGAAGAGCAAAAAAAGGAACAGGAAGAGCAAAAAGAGGAACAGGAGGAAACAGAGGUCGUCGCGGAUAGUCCCGAUUCCGAAACUACCUCGUUCAAAUCGACCACCGAGGAACCGGCACGCAAAGACUCGACCACCAGUACCGAUACUCCGCCUCAUUACGAUUCGGACUCGGGAGGCUCCGUCAAGUCAAACCUUGACCCAGACGACGACCAAACGUUGUCGAUUUGUCAACGACGACCCUCUUACCCAUUCGAGCUUGGCCCGUACAUCGUCAAGCAUUCGAGGCGGGGUUACCGACCCAGGGGCUUGCUGAGACUCACAGGAUCUACGAGACAGGUCGACGACGACAGCACCGACACCGCCGCCCCCACCGCCCCCACCGCACCAACCGCACCAACCGCACCAAUGGCGACUUUCACCGUGGGCGAGGAGCCCAGCGACGAGGGCGACCAGCUGGCCGCCAUGCGCGAGGAGGAGGACGAGGCAGCGCGCGAGAAUCACGACAGCUUCCCUACGAUGAAGCAGCAGCAGCCGUCGCCCUACGGCAGCAGCGCCGACCUGGUUGCCCAGGCCAAGGACCAGCAGUACAUCAACGGCCUUACCGAGCGCCGACGACGGCUAAGGCCGAGCAUGUCUCACGGCACGGUGAUGAUCCAGGCACUGAAGACCGAGAAAGAUUUCACGAUCGCCACGCCCGAGGAAUUUGUCCGUCGUUUCGGUGGUACCCACGUCAUUAAUAAGGUGCUGAUCGCCAACAAUGGCAUCGCCGCGGUCAAGUGCAUGCGCUCGAUCAGGCGCUGGAGCUACGAGAUGUUCAAGAACGAGCGGGCGGUGCGCUUCGUCGUCAUGGUCACGCCGGAGGAUCUCAAGGCCAACGCCGAGUACAUCAAGAUGGCCGACCAGUACGUGCCCGUGGCUGGUGGCCCCAACAACAACAAUUACGCCAAUUACGAGCUGAUCUGCGACAUCGCGGUGCGCACCCAGGUGCAGGCCGUCUGGGCCGGCUGGGGUCACGCCUCCGAGAAUCCCAAACUGCCGGAGCUGCUGCACAAGCGCAACGUCAUCUUCAUCGGGCCGAGCGAGCGCGCCAUGUGGGCGCUCGGCGACAAGAUCGCCUCGAGCAUCGUCGCCCAGACGGCCGACGUGCCGACUCUGCCCUGGUCCGGUAGCGGCCUCAAGGCCCACUACAGCGGCAAGAAGAUCAAGAUCACCUCGGAUCUGUUCAAGAAGGGCUGCGUGCACAGCGUGGACGAGGCCGUCGCCGCGGCCGCCAAGAUCGGCUACCCGGUCAUGAUCAAGGCCAGCGAGGGUGGCGGCGGCAAGGGUAUUCGCAAGGUCGAGAGCCCCGAGGCCCUGCCGGCUCUGUUCCGCCAGGUACAAAUGGAGAUCCCGGGCUCGCCGAUCUUCAUCAUGAAGAUGGCCCAGGGCGCGCGCCAUCUCGAGGUGCAGCUGCUGGCCGACAACUACGGCAACGCCAUCUCGCUGUUCGGCCGCGACUGCUCGAUCCAGCGCCGCCACCAGAAGAUCAUCGAGGAGGCCCCGGCCGUGAUCGCCUCGCCCGAGAUUUUCGAGGAGAUGGAGAAGGCCGCCGUGCGCCUGGCCAAGAUGGUCGGCUACGUGAGCGCCGGCACCGUCGAGUACCUCUACGAGACGACCGGCAACUACUACUUCCUCGAGCUCAACCCGAGGCUGCAGGUCGAGCAUCCCUGCACGGAGAUGAUCUCCGACGUGAAUCUGCCCGCCGCCCAGCUGCAGAUCGCCAUGGGCAUACCGCUGCACAAGAUCAAAGACAUCAGGCUGCUGUACGGCGAGUCGCCCUGGGGCGACAGCUCCAUCAGCUUCGAGCAGCCGCGCCACAAGCCCCAACCCUGGGGCCACGUCAUCGCGGCGCGCAUCACCAGCGAGAAUCCCGACGAGGGCUUCAAGCCCAGCAGCGGCACCGUGCAGGAGCUCAAUUUCCGCUCGAGCAAGAACGUCUGGGGCUACUUUAGUGUGGGCGCUUCGGGCGGUCUGCACGAGUUCGCCGACUCCCAGUUCGGCCACUGCUUCAGUUGGGGCGAGACUCGCCGCGAGGCCAUCCAGAACCUGGUCAUCGCUCUGAAGGAGCUCUGCAUUCGCGGUGACUUCCGCACCACCGUCGAGUACCUCAUCGUGCUGCUGGAGAACGAGGCCUUCCAGAACAACACCAUCGACACGGCCUGGCUCGACUUCAUGAUCGCCGAGCGCGUCCAGAGCGACAAGCCCGACGUGAUACUGGCCGUCAUCUGCGGCGCUCUGCACAUCGCCGACCGCCAGAUCAGCAUGUCGUUCGGCUCGUUCCAGACGUCCCUCGAGCGCGGACAGAUCCAGGCGUCCAACGACCUCGACAACAUCGUCUACGUCGAGCUCAUCAACGACGGCUUGAAGUACAAGGUCGAGGUCGUCAAGUCCGGCCCCAACUACUUCUUCCUGGUGAUGAACGGCUCGUACAAGGAGGUCGAGCUGCACCGACUGGCCGACAGCGGCCUGCUCAUAUCCUUCGACGGCUCGAGCUUCACCACGUACAUGCGCGAGGAGCUCGACCGCUACCGCAUCGUCAUCGGCAAUCAGACCUGCAUCUUCGACAAGGACAACGAUCCGUCGCUGCUGCGCAGUCCGUCCGCCGGAAAGCUCAUCGGCUAUCUGGUGGAGAACGGCGGCCACGUCGAGGCCGGACAAGCCUACGCCGAGAUCGAGGUCAUGAAAAUGGUGAUGAGCGUCACCACGCAGGAGUCCGGCAUACUGCGCUGCACCAAGCGACCCGGCGCCGUGCUCGAGCCCGGCAGCAUGCUCGCCACCCUCGAGCUCGACGAUCCCAAUCUGGUGACGCGCGCCCUGGACUACACCGGCCGAUUCCCCGGACCCGUCAAUCCCGUCGUGCCCGAGCGUCUCAAUCAGCUGCACGCCAAGUAUCGCGCCGGCCUCGAGAACUGCCUGGCCGGCUUCUGUCUGCCCGAGCCCUACCAUCUGCCGCGUCUGCGCGAACUCGUCGAGAAGUUCAUGGGCUCGCUUCGCGACCCAGCUCUACCCUUGCUCGAGCUGCAGGAGGUCAUGGCCAGCAUAUCCGGCCGCAUACCGCUCGCCGUCGAGAAGAAGAUCCGCAAGCUCAUGACGCUGUACGAGCGCAACAUCACCUCGGUGCUGGCCCAGUUCCCGAGCCAGCAGAUCGCCGCCGUGAUCGACGGCCACGCCGCCACCCUGUCCAGGCGCUCCGAGCGCGACGUCUUCUUCCUCACCACUCAGGCCAUCGUCCAGCUCGUCCAGCGCUACCGCAACGGCAUACGCGGCCGCAUGAAGGCCGCCGUGCACGAGCUGCUGCGCCAGUACUACACCGUGGAGUCGAACUUCCAGCAGGGCCACUACGACAAGUGCGUCUCGGCCCUGAUCGAGAAGCACCGCGACGACAUGGCCACCGUGGUCGGUACGAUCUUCAGCCACAGCCAGGUGCACAAGAAGAACGUCCUCGUCACCAUGCUGAUCGAUCAUCUCUGGGCCAACGAGCCCGGUCUCACUGACGAGCUCGCCACCACCCUGACCGAGCUCACGAGCCUCAAUCGACAGGAGCACAGUCGCGUGGCUCUGCGAGCCCGUCAGGUGCUCAUCGCUGCUCAUCAGCCGGCCUAUGAGCUUCGCCACAAUCAGAUGGAGUCAAUUUUCUUGUCGGCCGUCGACAUGUACGGACACGACUUCCACCCGGAAAAUCUACAGAAGCUCAUACUGUCGGAGACCUGUAUUUUCGAUAUCUUGCACGACUUCUUCUACCACACCAAUCGUUUGGUCUGCAAUGCUGCCCUUGAGGUAUACGUACGACGCGCCUACAUCAGCUACGAGCUCACGUGUCUGCAGCACCUCGAGCUAUCGGGAGAACUGCCCAUCGUGCACUUCCAAUUCUUGUUGCCAACCAAUCAUCCGAAUCGCCAGAGUUCGCAGACGGUCGACCAGCGCACCGGCGCCAUGGCCGCCUUCAAGGAUCUCGCCGAGUUCUCCAAGUACUCCGACGAGGUAUUGGAUCUGCUGGAUGAUCUGUCCUCACCUAGCUCGAUAUCUGCGCGCGUGCUCGAGGCCGUGGAGGCCGCCAACCUCAGCGAGUCGCGUCACAGCACGUCCAUCAACGUCGAGCAGCCGACCUCCACCAGCAGCGAGGCCGCGGCGCUGGCCGCCGUCCAGGAGAAGCCCAAGGAGCCCGUGCACAUUCUCAGCAUCGCCGUCAAGGACGAGGAGAGCCAGGACGACGCGGCGCUCGCGCGCAAGUUCGGCGACUGGUGCGCCACCAACCGCGAGGAGCUGCUCACGCGCGGCAUUCGUCGCGUGACCUUCGCCGCGCUCAAGAAGCGCCAAUUCCCCAAGUUCUUCACGUUCCGCGCCCGCGACAAUUUCGUCGAGGAUCGCAUUUACCGUCAUCUCGAGCCCGGCUGCGCCUUCCACAUCGAGCUCAAUCGCAUGCGUACCUAUGACCUCGAGGCGCUGCCCACCUCCAACCAGAAGAUGCACCUGUAUCUCGGCCAGGCCAAGGUCGCCAAGGGCCAGCCCGUGACGGACUAUCGCUUCUUCAUACGCUCGAUCAUUCGCCAUUCGGACCUCAUCACCAAGGAGGCCAGCUUCGACUAUCUGCACAACGAGGGCGAGCGCGUGCUGCUCGAGGCCAUGGACGAGCUCGAGGUCGCCUUCUCGCACCCACUGGCCAAGCGCACCGACUGCAACCACAUAUUCCUGAACUUCGUGCCGACCGUGAUCAUGGAUCCGGCGCGCAUCGAGGAGAGCGUCACCAGCAUGGUGCUGCGCUACGGUCCACGUUUGUGGAAGCUUCGCGUGCGUCAGGCCGAGAUCAAGAUGACGAUCAGGCCGGCGCCAGGCAAGGCCACCUCCAACGUGCGCCUGUGCAUCGCCAACGACAGCGGCUACAGCAUCGAUCUGCACCUGUACGCCGAGACCACCGACAAGACGGGCGUCAUACGCUUCGAGUCGUGCGUGCCGAGCAACGUCGACUCCAAGAACUGGCGUCCCGGCCCCAUGCACGGCCUCGCCAUCUCCACGCCCUACCUCACCAAGGACUAUUUGCAGUCGAAGCGCUUCCAGGCCCAGAGCGCCGGCACCACCUACGUCUACGACAUUCCCGACAUGUUCCGCCAGCAGAUCCAAAAGGUCUGGGAGAAGCACAUCGAGGAGUUACCAUCCACUUGCGAACAAAGAUCCAUGCCUCCUUCCCUGUUGGACAGCGUCGAGCUCGUGCUCGACGGCGACAAUCUCGUCGAAAUGAAGAGAUUACCGGGUGAGAACGACGUAGGGAUGAUCGCCUGGCGUUUCACCAUGUACACACCGGAGUAUCCGUCCGGACGCGACAUCAUCGUCAUUUCCAACGAUCUGACCUACCUGAUCGGAUCGUUCGGACCCAAGGAGGAUUUGGUCUUCUGCAAGGCGUCCGAGCGCGCCCGAGAACUCGGCAUUCCACGCAUCUACUUCUCGGCCAACGCGGGUGCUCGCAUCGGCCUGGCCGAGGAGGUCAAAGCUGCUUUCCGCAUCGCGUGGGAGGACGACAGCGAGCCCGAAAAAGGCUUCAAGUACAUUUACCUGACUCCCGAUGACUUUUCGCGUUUGGCACCUCACAACUCUGUCAAAGCGCAGCUCAUCGAGGAGAACGGCGAGUCUCGCUACAAAAUCACCGACAUCGUCGGCAAAGACGACGGUCUCGGAGUGGAAAAUCUCAAGUACGCCGGUCUCAUUGCCGGAGAGACUUCACGCGCUUACGACGAGAUCGUAACGAUCUCGCUUGUAUCGUGCCGAGCCAUUGGUAUCGGCUCCUACCUCGUCCGUCUGGGCCAGCGUGUCAUUCAAAUUGAAAACUCGCACAUCAUCCUCACGGGCUACAGAGCCCUCAACAAAGUACUCGGUCGCGAGGUCUACGCCAGCAACAAUCAGCUCGGUGGCGUACAGAUCAUGUACAACAACGGAGUGUCGCACGCCGUGGAGUCGCGCGAUCUCGAUGGUGUCGCGACGAUGCUCCAGUGGCUGAGCUACGUGCCGAAGGCCCGUGGUCAGCCACUGCCCAUCAGACCGAUGGAUCAGCUCAGCGACCCGAUCAAUCGAGAAAUCGGCUACCUGCCACCCAAGGCUCCCUACGAUCCGCGCUGGAUGCUCGAGGGUCGCAUCCACCCCAACGACUCGAACGUCUGGGAGAGCGGCUUCUUCGACAAGGGCUCGUGGCAAGAAAUUAUGCAGAUGUGGGCGCAGACCGUCAUCAUUGGUCGGGCACGACUCGGUGGUAUACCCGUCGGCGUGAUAGCCGUGGAAACUCGCACGGUCGAGCUUCACUUGCCCGCUGACCCGGCCAAUCUCGACUCCGAGGCCAAGACCGUGUCGCAAGCCGGCCAAGUCUGGUAUCCAGACAGCGCCUACAAGACCGCGCAGGCCAUCAAGGACUUCGAGCGCGAGGAGUUGCCUUUGAUCAUUUUUGCCAACUGGCGUGGUUUCGCCAGUGGAAUGAAAGACAUGUACGAGCAAGUCGUGAAAUUCGGAGCAUAUAUAGUAGACGGAUUAAGAGAAUAUACCAGGCCAGUAAUAGUUUACAUACCACCCAAUGCCGAGCUUCGUGGAGGAGCGUGGGCCGUGGUCGAUCCAACGAUCAAUCCUCACUGCAUGGAAAACUUCGCCGACUCACACAGCCGCAGCGGUGUCCUCGAGCCCGAGGGUAUCGUGGAAAUCAAAUUCCGCGACAAGGACCGCGUCAAGGUGAUGCGCCGCAACGACAAGAUCUGCCAGUCGCUGGCCGAGCAGAUGGCCGCCAGCUGCACGCUGACCGACGACGAGCGCAAGAUCGUCGAGGCCCAGCUGGCCGAGCGCGAGCAGUACCUCACGCCCGCCUACUACCAGGUGGCCCUGCACUUCGCCGAUCUGCACGACACGCCCGAGCGCAUGCUCGAGAAGAACUGCAUCAGCGAGAUCGUGCCGUGGAAUCGCGCCCGGCCGUUCUUCUUCUGGCGUCUGCGUCGUCGCAUCCUCGAGAACCAGAUUCGCCGGGAGGUGCUCAAGACGCAGCCCGAUCUGAGUCUGCGCCAGCUCGAGGCCACGCUGCGCCGCUGGUUCGUCGAGGACAAGGGCCCGACCGAGUCCUACCUGUGGGACCGCGACGAGCACGCGGUCAGGUGGAUCGAGGAGCAGAUGGCCACUGAGAACAGCGUGCUGCAGCACAAUCUCAACUGCGUGAAGAAGGGCGCCCUGGUGAACCAGAUCAAGGAGGCGCUCGACGCCAAUCCGGACUCGCGGCUCGACGCCGUGCUUGAGAUCGCCCAGCGUCUGCAGCCGCAGGAGCGCGCCGAGUUGUUGCGCUCGCUGACGCAACUCGAGGCCUCGCCCGCCGCUGCCGACGCGCGAGUCGACUCGAGCUCCAACUCGUCGUCGCCCUAGUCCGAGCUGAACGCCGUGGCGAUGUUUUUCUCGCUGCGCUACGCUGCCAUAGGAUGGCUCUCCAUAAUUCUUGGCUAUUUGUACUAUAUUCAUUGAUCGACGAGUUAAUAUUUAAGAAAAAAAACAGAAAAGACGAAUAACAGAACAGACGAGUUAACGAUUGUGUGCGACUGUUGAAUUAUAUUUUGUAAAGAGAGUGUUUCUAAGAUGUAAAUGUAAAUUUGUAAUUGUUACAGAAAAAGUUGUUAAUACUGUUGAAUAUGUUUAUACAUUAAUUUUUUAAGUCGUCGACGCGACAUUUGGUUUGACUAGUGUGCUAAAAACGGGUGUACAGAACAAAAUAAACUACGUGUAAAUAAUACAAAUGUUCUAUGCACAUGAUAUACGCGCUGGGUGUCGUAUUAAUCGUUAAGUGGUUAAGGCCCAAGUUUCAGCUUGGAUCUUUUAGUUUAAGCAAUUAAGAAUAAAAGAAAGGAUGUAAUUUUACACUGAAAAAGAUAUUUUCUCAUAUCUCUUGAAAAAAAAGAAGCUUCGAAUGAUCGUAAAAUUUUUGAAUGUACGUCAUUGAUUCGAAACGAAAUAUUUGUUUGAACCAAUCGUGCAUUUGAUCAAUGAUGAAAAAAUUGUUUAUGGUUUUUCCCUUUUUUUGUUUAGUUUUUCGUUUAGUUUAGUUGCGUUAAUUCUAAUGGCAUAAAUUUUUGUUUUCUCAUUCAUAGCUUGUAACGCUAUUCUCUCAAUUUGUAACACUGACUAUUGAAAAAAUAAAGAUUAUGCAUUUAUAUUUUAAACAAUAAAAA